AUGGCGUCGGUGCAGGGGGACGGCAGCAGCGUCGGUGGCGGCUACUGGAGGGGGCGCGGACCAACGGUCUCGCAACGUCAGGGGGGGUGCAGCGGCUGCGGCAGCGGCGACGGCGAGCUUUCUCCCCGCCAGAUCUGGCCUGCUCGUGUGGUUUACAGGGGUACUCUGCCCUCUGGAACUCCAGUUGCCAUAAAACGAGCACAGCAGGGAUCUAUGCAGGGUGGGGUCGAGUUCAAAAAUGAGAUUGAGCUUCUAUCAAGAGUCCAUCACAAGAAUCUUGUCAGCCUUGUUGGUUUUUGUUCUGAGCACGGUGAACAAUUGCUAGUGUACGAGUUCCUUCCAAAUGGUACCAUCAAAGAGAGUCUCUCAGGUUUCUCCUCUCAAGAAAGUAAGGAAUCAGAUAGGGACAUAAAAUCAACCAAUAUCCUAUUGGAUGAUCACUUGAAUGCAAAAGUUGCUGAUUUUGGUGUCUCCAAGCCCAUGGGAGACGGUGAAAGGGGUCAUGUUACCACUCAAGUCAAAGGAACAAUGGGCUACUUGGAUCCUGAAUACUACAUGACGGAACAGCUGACCGAGAAGAGUGAUGUCUAUAGCUUCAGAGUAUUGAUGCUGGAACUCCUUACAGCCAGGAGGCCAAUAGAGCAGAGCAGAUAUAUUGUGAGAGAAGUGAGGGUGCUCAUGAAUAAGGACAAAGAUUUGUACAAUCUGCAGGGGAUUCUCGACCCAGCCAUCGGAUUGGGCACGUCUUUGAAGGGUCUUGAGAGGUUUGUGGAGUUAGCAAUGAGAUGUGUGGAAGAAUCAGGAGCGGACAGGCCAACCAUGGGAGAGGUGGUGAAGGAAAUAGAGAACAUCAUGGUUUUCGCGGGUUUGAAUCCAAAGGCCGAAUCGGCGACCACUUCAGCCAGUUAUGAGGAGGCGAGUAAGGGGUAUGCUACACAUCCCUACCACAAUGAGGACUUCUCGAAGUAUAGUGGGGGCUUCCCACCUUCGAGGAUCGAACCCCAGUAG